AGAAUUCAGAAAUGCUUGAAGCAACAAAACCCAGCAGGAUGAGGAGAUCCGACUCGCCGCGGCGCCACCUGUUGGGGAAAAUCCACUGUUGCCCUGGUUCUGAUGUGGUCCAGUCAGUCGCCCUGUUCUGGACUCUCAGAACCCAGAGCGCCCCCUGCAGGCCGGACCUCCACACCGCCGUGCGUUUGGUCUCCAGCCCCGCCGCAGUUUCCUUUGGACCAACUCGCUGUGUUGCUGCCUCCAGUCUUGUGAAGUCACUUCCUGUGUGUGUGUGUGUGUGUGUAUUUAAGCAGUUUUUACCCUGUGUGUGUUUUAGGGUCAACGUGUCGAGUUCUGUUCGGACCAGAGCUGGUUCCGAGUCGCUCUGCUUUUCCUCGCGUUCCGACCCGGCAGUCCGAUGUUUACAUGUCCUUCAUCUCUUCCAGCGGGUUCUUUACGGCCCGUUUGGCGCCACGGCAACCCCUGUGGGCCGGUUCUGCUCCAGACCCGGUUGUUGGACGGAGCCGGUUCUGACAGGCUGCAGGAAACGGGACGACACUGGACCUGUUUUUAUUUUCUUUGUCACGUUUGCCUCUCUGUGUGGAAGUUUCUGCUCAGAGACGGAACCGAACCAGAGAUCCGGUUCCAGAGUCCAGACUGCUAAACGGUGCCGUCUGACCCAAUCAGCUGCAGAGAACCUCGCCUUCACCUCCAGAACUUUCAUUCUGAUCAGAUAUCAGAAUAAAAACCGGGUCGGACCUUCCUGUCUGGAUCGAGUUUUAUUACAGAGGAAAGCAGGAAAUGGAACCAGUUUGAGUGUUUUCACCUCUGCAGCCGGGUCUGGUUCUGAUUCUGGUCCCCGUUCCGGGUCUGGUUCUGAUUCUGGUCCCAGUUCUGGGUCUGGUUCUGAUUCUGGUCCCAGUUCCGUAUCUGGUUCUGGUCCCAGAGCAUGGAAGAGCCGAUGAUCUGAUCCGCUGAGGUUCUGGGAAUGAGAAGAACCCGUCUCCAGAACCGGAACCUUAACUUGGGCUGCUACCGACCGGGUCUGAGAGCCGAGGCGGUUCUGACCCGUAGAGGAGUGAAACCAGUGCAAUACGUUUUUAUUUUCUAACGUGGUGAAAAGCAUGUUGUUGUCCGCCGAACCUUGCAGUAAUAAAGUUUUUUUUAUCAACA